CGCCUUUUCAUUAGAAUUGUGGCACUGUUUUGAUUUCAUUGUGUCAUACUGGAGGCCUGCGGGCCUUGACAUUCUGAUAUCCCAAAGGGGGCUGCUGUAGCUUUGACCUCAUUUGUUCCUUUGGCUUUCAGUUAGGUUUAGAAAAUUACAGAUCUCCAAAAAUACAGUGUCCAUAUGUGUGAAGUGUGGAGUCUGGCACCUCCUAGCAAAAGUUUACAGUUAACUUUGGAGUUGAUAGUAGGUUUAGAGAUCUUGGUCCUCACGGAAAGGUCUUUGUGAUGCUUUCUGUGUGUGAGGGUUUGAAGAGAGUGUGUGGGGGGGGGGUUGUUCUGGGAUAUAUGUAUAUGGUAUUCUCUAGAUGGAGAAAGAGACAGAGACAGACAGAGACACUGCCUUGGGAUCUGAGCAACUAGUUAUUUCCUGCAGCCUCACAGUGCCUUGUGGAAUAGGGGUGAUGGAUGAUGAUAAUCGAUGGGCAUUAUUCAUGAUGAAAACUAUUGCAGUUUAAAUAACAGAUCCACUAUUGUAUUAAGUCUAAAGUUUACCCAUAAGAUCUAAUUACCUAAAGUUCUUCAGUUUUGCUCUCCUUUAUACAUGGUUAAUAAGGAAACUGCUGGAGAAAGAUGUGGCAGUCUGCUUCUGUAAAGAUUUACAGCCUUGGAAACCCUAUGGGACAGUUCUGUGCUUUCCUGCGGGGUUGCUAUGAGUCAGAAUCGACUCGACAGCAAUGGCUUUGGUUUUGGUAAUAAGGAAACUCUUGGUGCUCAUAUGAAAGUGUAAUAAAACUGGAAUGAAUAUUUCUAUUUAAAAACACUUAGCAGGAAUCCACACAUUUCAGUGAUGUCAUUCUGGAAAACAUUUUAUCCAUCACUUUUUAAAAUUGCUUUCAGAAUCUUGAAAUAUAUCAUUUUAUGCUCAAUAGUGGAAGAUCUUUACCCUUCAAGGUAGAUUAGGUUUUUUGGAAAUAGCCAGAAGUCAUUCAAAGCAACAUCUGGUGAAUCAUGCAUCUCUGACAGAGAUUAAUCAUAGCUACUUUUGGACUACAAGAGGUAUGACCAUAUAAUAAUGAUGUUGAUUUUUAUCCUGUGUAGCUCCUGACUUCAAUUUAAAGGCAGUUCUUUCAGAAAGAAAGAGGAGCACUGAUAACAUGCUGGACAGUGACAUAUCAAUGGAAUCAAUUUGUUAUAGCCUUCAGAGGUCAUUGAUUUGAAAGACAGUAUUCAUAUUAAAUAGAGCCAGGCAGAGUAAAGAUAUUACCAGAACCUAGAGAGAGGGACAUACUGUGGAGAGGGGUGUCUUGUCUGCCUCAUAGAGGCCAGUGUGGUUUGGGCUCAGCAUUAGGGUGCAGGUCUGGAAGCAACUGGGUCCAGUAGUUUUUACCUUAAGACCAUUUCAUACAUCCCAAGGGUUCUUCUGACGCAUUUUAGUCUUAUUUUGGCUAUUUGGGGCUGCAGUGUGAGUUAGAUGCAUACUGUUUGGACGGAUAGGCUGAAGGGUUGGCUUCAGUUGGAUGAGCCUCGGGGAGUUGGGGAUAUGGUUUGGGAAGCUAAACAAAGAGAUAAAAAGAACAGUUGAUUGAAGUGGGAAUUAGAUCAUAAGUUGUUUAUUUUUUUCCUCUCUCUCUUACUAGUAGUACCUUUAUGGCAGGGAUGCUGUUGUAAUCAUCUUUCUGUACAGCUUACGUAUAUUCAGCAGCCAUUUAUUAGGCACCUAUUGUGGUAUAGGUCUUAGAGGUAUUCAGUAUUUUUUUAAUGAGAAGAAGGAAGAGAACUAAAUAUUGAUUUCAGCAGUUAGUAGUUUCUAGGUGUUACCUCUUUGCAUCCUUUCAACUAUCCUGCAUGAUAGGUAUUAUGACCCCUGCUCUAUAGAAGAGGAAACUGAAGCUCAGAAAGGCUAAGUGUUCAAAGGUAUAUUGUAAACGGUAGAGCUAUAAUUUAAAACUAGUUCUGUCUAGAUUCAGAGCUCAUGCUAUGUGCCUGGCUAGUCCGCUCUUAACAUUUUUGGGGGCCCAGAGCACAUGUAUAAACACAAAGCCACGUACCAUCUGUCUAAACCUGUGGAUCUCAACCAGGGGUGAUUUUACUCCCAGGGAACAUUCAGCUGUGACUGGAGAUGUUUUUGGUUGUCACAACUAGGGAGAGUGUUAUUGGCAUCUAGUAGUUGGAGGCCAGGGGUGCUGCUAAACAUCCUGCCAUGCACAGGACAGCCCACCCCACCCUCCGACCCCCAAAGAAUUUGUGAUUGUUGUUAGUUGAUAUAGAGGCAGCUCUAACUCACGAUGACCUUAUGUAUAACAGAGCAAAAUGUUGCCCAGUCUUGCAUCAUCUUCAUGAUCAUUGGUAUGUUUGAGUCCAUUGUUGUGUCUGUUGUGUGUCAAUCUGUCUAACAGAGAAUUAUCUGACCCAAAAUAUCAGUCAUGCCAAGGCUGAGAAACCGCGUCUAAACUUAUAGAAAGCUGUAAAUCACAUUACCCCAGGGCCUGGCUUCGAUGCCUACUCUGUCCUUUCUGGGGCAGGCCUGUCCUUUGAGGCUGAGUGCUAGCACAGAUCUGCUGGGGUGGCAGGGUGCUCAUCUGGGGACAGUUUGACUUGUACUUCCCUCCUCUUCCUGUAGGGAAAUUAAUUACUUUCAAAUAAACUUUUCUUAGGUGAGUGAAAAGAAAAACAAAAACUGUCUUCAUGUUUCAGGUUUGUGAUAUGCAGGGCCUAAGCCGGGGCUCCUCUUCCCCAGAGCUAAAGGCGGUACUGGUGCCUUACAUAAAGUAAGCACUGGAAAAAUGCUUGUUAAAUGAACACCAUCCUUGCUAAAUGAAUCCUCUACUAUUGCAUUUUAAGGGCUGCUGUUAUAAAGAUGUCCCAGGACUGGGCAACAUUUUGUUCUGUCAUACAUAAGAUCACAAUGAGUCUCUGAGCCAAUUUGAUGACAGGUAACAACAUUAUAUGGUGUAAGGCUAGAUUGAUCAUGUUUUAACUACUUUGGGAAGUAAUUUAGUUUUUUCAGUACUGGCAUGUUCUUGGAGCCCUGGUGGCACAGUGGUUAAGAGCUUGACUGCUAACCCAAAGUUCGGCAGUUCGAACUCACCAGCUGCUCCUUGGAAACCCUAUGGGGCAGUUCUGCUCUGUCCUGUAGAGUCGCUAUGAGUCGGAAUCAACUCAACAAAAAAUGGGUUUGGUUUUUGUUUGGCAUGUUCUCAUCUUUCAGAUAAACAGUUUGGAUUACAAUCAGGAGUUCUUUACUUGGGGUCCCAAGUAAACCAGCCAUACAGGUUUCUGCAGAUCCUCAAACCUCCAGAAUUGGUUGUGUGGGUGUACACAUAUGCAUCUGGCAUGUGCAUUUUCUGGGAAGAAGCUAUAUUCCAGAGCUUAAUUGGGUUCUCAGAAAUGAGAAUGACACAACUACAGUUGGACUGUAUAUCCCUAAGGUUGCUUCUAGAUCUGCUUAGAAGCUUACUUUAGGAAUUUGAAUUGAGAUCAGAAGUGAAUUUGUUUCGGUCAAAUGUAAUUGUUUUGACUCAAGGAGGAAGCUCUCUGCUGUACGUAAGUGUUAUGUUGUGCAUCCAUAAAAUGAAAUUUGCACGUAUUUUUUUGUUGAAGGGUCAUUGCUGUGGGAUCACCAUACUCAUGGUGAGAACUAGAUUCCAGGAAGUACUUAAUUGUUUUUUUUUUAAUAGAAGUGAGCACUCAAAAACUUUAGCUUAGGCAGUGUCAGAUUAUUUUUACCUAGAAGGGAACAUAGAAAUUAUCUAGAAAUUCUGAUCUCCUCUCUUCAUUUAUUAGAUUAGAAAAUUGAGGCCUAGUAAUACUCAGUGAUUUCCUCAAAUGACCUACCAAGUUUGUAACAGUAUAGGAAUAGAAUAUGGUGAUUUAAAGCAAAGAAUGAAUAUAGUCUUAUUUCUAGCUUUGGGCCGUAUUGAUAUUGCUUCAGGUUUCAAUUAGGGUUUCAUUGCAUAGUAUUUGAGAUUUUUUAAAUACUCAGCAGAUUAAAUUUGAAUUCCAAUUUAAGUAAUCAGUCCUAGAAGACACCAUGGAAGACAUCUUGAGCUUUGAAGCCAAAUAGACUGGGUUUGAAUUCCUGGCUUUAGCAUUUUUAAAAACUAGCUGGUGACCUUGGAAAUAACACAUAACCUCUCUGAGCCUCUUAUUUCUUGGUCUGUAAAAUGCAGGGAUAAUGCAAACCUGUCUUUUGAGGAAGUUGUGUAGAUCAGAGCUAAUACAUGCAAAAGACCAGCUCCAGGGUGUGACUCAGAGUAGCUACUAGAGAAAGAAUGCCAGGCUGCUAGUAUUGUGUUUUCUUGUGUGGUGUAAAUUACAAAUACUUACAUAGAUGUGGUUUACCAUACAAUUUCUCAUGAACAUUUGCCUUAAAUUACCUUUGUUUACUUAUUCCUUUAAAACUUAGGUAAAAUUAAUUUGUUGCAAAAGGUAAUGAUGUUUCUACAAACUAAAUAUCCUUUUCCUCAGAGACCUUUUUAUAAAGUUUGUUGAACCUGGAAGAAAAACGAAGUAAAAUGUCACUUGAGAAGGACUUGUUUGUGUUUGAGUGGUGCUGUGUCUUUAGAAGAGGGAAACAGUUGGAAUGUUGCUGCUUUCAAAUGCCUUUUUGCUUCCUUGGAAUCCUUUGUGGGCCCUGACAUCACAAGGCUAAAUCUGAGACAUUACUAGCAUUUAACCUCUAAGAGUAGUAGCAAGGCUGCCUUUAACUUUUCCCUUUUUUGUUUACUACUAAGUGAAUUACUUGAGGUUUUCCCCUUACGGGAGAAUGCAGCUCCUCCUACUAGGAUGGAAUGCCAUUUGCGUGCGCGUGUGCGUGCGCGCGCGUCCGUGCGUGUGUGUGAUAUAACUAUGGUAUGUGUAAGUCUGGGUACCAAACCAAACUUGUUGCCAUCAAGUUGAUUCCAACUCAUAGCAACCCUUACAGGACAGAGUAGAACUGCCCCACAGGGUUUCCAAGGAGUGGCUGGUGAUAAUGUAACUAUGGUAUGUAUAAAUUUGGGUACUAGUGCUAUAAUUUUUCUCUUUUUCUUACACGUCUUAGGGAAACUUUAAAUUGAAGUAAGCAGAUUCAACUUCGAAAAGGAAAUCUAAGAAUUCUGAUUGUUUUAAUUUAAAUUUUCCCAGUUAAAUCCUUACCAGGUGAUAGACUUAAUUGUGGCAGUAGAAUUUUCUAAACUUUGUGAAAGUAAGUUCUUUACAUUAUUGUUGUCAUAGCAAAGUAAUUUAGCCAUUUUUGCUGCUCUUGUAUUUCCUGAUGAACGCAGAUGGACCUGCAACCAGGAAUAGGAAACAGUGCGCUUUCUGAGGAGGGGAGGCAUUGCAGUGAGGAUGCAUUCAGGGGUUGAGAAGCAUGGAGGUUUGAAAAGUAACAGGAACUGGGAAAGUGAGCUAACCACAGAAACAAAAGCAGGGCUGCCAGGUGCUGUUGCCGGGCCUCUUAUGAUAGCAGCUCACUAAUAGAGAUGGAAGAAGGGGGCAGAAAGGAGAGUACCAGCUAUUUAAAAAUGUUUUUAAAAUAAAAGUAUUGUAAGUCAUUGUUUGAAAGAGGUGAAACCACAGUAACAAGCUAAUCACAGCCACCAUCACCAGUUUUUCAAGUGGUCCGGAAAAUCUUUCGUUAGAAAUGUGUGGAGACAUGUGUGGAGACAUACUGUGGAAGGAAAUUCCUAAGAGUCAAGGAAUGUGAGAGCUUGCAGUUCAAGUCCCUCUCUGGUGCCGACCUCAUAAUUUGUGAUACUUGUCACUGUUCUUUUCUUCGGAUUGUGUGAAGGUUAUAAUCCACUCCUGAUCACCAUCAUUUAUUCUUUGUUGUAGUUUUCUUUGGCAAGUUUUAAACCAUCAUGACUUAUGCUUGCUGGAGCUUGUCUGACUUUGGAGUUGAGAAGCCCAGCACCGCUUUCUGAGUGCCUGCACUUGGUGUCCGUCAGUGCCCCGUGCACCUGGUGUGCCCCUCUUAGUUGUGAAUUUAGGACAAAUAGUUUUUUUUCUGAAAAGAAUUAAUGCAUCACAAUUUUUAAAUUAUUUGCUAUUUUAAAACUUGACAGUAAUAUGAUUUACAUUUCAACCGAUGUGUGAGUGAAAUGGUGUGACAUACAGAAAAUUGCUUAUAUACUUAUGGUGUCACCCUUGAGUGUCACCCUAGAGGCGGGGACAUUGCAUACUCCUAGUCAGAGACUGAAAUGAGAGAAGAAAAAGAUACACAUGUGAACAGUUAUGUGAUUAAGACACCCCACCCCUACUUCCUGAGUCUGGGAAAGCGCUGGGAGCCCGGCUUAGCUCCCCCCGGGGGUGUUGCCCACCCCCUUGCCAGAGCUAGUAGGGCAGAGGGCUUCCUGCUUGUUUGGGCUUCAUUUUGUUGGAAAUGUCCAGCAUUUGUGUCACAAGUCAGGCUGAUUCCUCUCAUCCUUAAUUGGGCUGUUUAGCUUCACUCUCUUAAUUGAUUCAGCAGAUACACUUGACUGCUGUAGCUGGGCCACUCAGUAUUGUCUCUCUGGUCUUAGAAUAUACUGGGUGAAAACUUGACAUAGAACCUUAGUGCUGGAGGGGUUAAACCUCAGAUGUCAUUUAGUCCCAAGCCUCUUAAACCAGGAUGUGUACACUGAAGAUAGUCUAGACCAUAAGGUUAUUGUGAUUCAUUAACCCUUGAAGUUGAUAGUAGAAAAUUUUGACCAGUUAGUACUUUUUUCACAUUAAAAAAUGGAGUAGAAUACAAAAUGUGUUGAAUUUUAAAGACAAAAGAUAAGUCUUCAAAGAAGUUUAUCUUUGGGAGAGCUAUUGAAGCUGGGCCGUCUGACCUCAGGGCAGUUCUGCUCUGUCCUGUAGGGUCGCUGUGAGUCGGAAUCACCCAAAGGCAGCGGGUUUGGUUUUUGAUCUGACCUCAGGAGAACGUUUCUGUUUUUUCUCCUUUGCUCCUAGCUCAAAUGGAUUAGCCAGUAGCUGUCCUGUAUUGGGAUUGUGUGAAGAUAUUAUGAAACACUGGAAUCUGAAUAAACUAUAUAGCCAUUAUCCAGUAAGUGCUUAAACUACAAAAGUUUGAGAAACCUCAGUAGUAGCAAGAGGAACUCCUCUUAAAGAAAAAUAUCAGUCCUUUUUGGGUUGUUUUUAGAGCUAACAGUGAAUUAUAAGUAAUGUUAGAUAUGGGAAGAAACGUCUUACGCAUUAAUGUAGAUGAUAAGAGCGCCAUCUGGCUUGAAAUUAAAAGGGACUCUGUUUCCUGUGGGUGGUGGCCCUUUGGAGUGUGGGGCCCUUUGCCGUGAGUAGCCUUGAGAAUGCAGAAAUGCACUUCACUGUAGAAUAAUUGUGAUGGAGAUUAUGAAAUUCUUUGUAAUUAAGGCUUUUUUAAAAAACCUUUUCAUCAUGAUAUUUUUACUCAUCAAAACUUUUACAGCCUCAUUGAUAAUCCAGGAGAAAAUAUGUUGCUGUUCCAUAAUAUGGCCACUGGGGGUAGAUGAUUUUCAUGUUUUGUGGUAAAAUCAGGACAUAGCUUGUGGGAUCAGGCUGCCAGUGAAAAGGUUGGCAGUUUGAAUCUACCAGCUGCUCCUUGGAAACCUUAUGGGGCAGUUCUGCUCUGUCCUGUAGGGUCACUAUGAGUUGGAAUCGACUUGAUGGCGGUGAGUUUUAUUGAACCAGUUUAGCACAACUUCAAAUAGGCAAAUUUCAGGUUGGAAAGUUUUAAACACAUCCUUACUCCUUUUUGAAAAGCCUUUUUACACCUAGUCUCAUAUAUUUAUGGGAUUGUUGUUAGUUGCUGUCAAGUAGAUUCUGACUCAUGGUGACUCCAUGUCUGCAGAGUAGAAUUGCUCCAUAGGAUUUUCAGAAGCAGAUCACUAGGCCUGUCUUCCAGGGAGCCUCUGGGUGGGUUUGAACUGCCAGCCUUUUGGCUUAGUAGUCAGUGGUUAACUGUUUCCACCACCCAGGGACUACUUAUGGGAUUGGGGCGGGGGGUACAAAUUAAGAAGGUAUAUAUUUUACUUAGCGUCACUACCAACUGUGGAAUCUGGACAAGAUUCUGACUUUCUAGACUAACAUUUUAGCUUUGUUUCCCUAAGCUAGACUUCUUUAAAGAUUUAAGUUUUGGAAAAAAAGACUUUCGACUUCCACCCACUUUUUUUUUUUUUUUGAGAUCAUUGCAGAUGGUAUGCAGAAUGAAAAGUAGUUUUUCCUCACUGUUCAGCCAUUUAUUUUUAUCUUAGCCUGUAGAGAAAAAGUUUGACAAUAUAGUGGCAUUCUUCUUUGAAAACUUAGAUGAUUAAGAAUCGCUGGUUGUGAUUUUAAAUUUUAUUGACCAAGACAGAAAAACACGCCACAGGUGGUGGCCUGGAACCCGAACACCAGGUACCAGCCUCAGGGUCAGGGGAGUCCGCAGGUCACUGCAGGAGGAAGCUGUAGGAAUAUGCCCAGUGGUGAAAUAGAUGUUUCAAAGAUGAUCUCACUUCUGUCUGGGUCCGUGGUGAGUGUUCGCUUGCAAUCAGGACAUUCUGUGAGUCAUCCUUCAAAACAGUGAAACAAUACCAAGACUUAUCAGAAAACCAGAAAGGCUGGCACGGGGCUGCUGUUACAUAAGAGGUGUAUUGGUGGUGAACAUUGCCCGAGCAGAGUUCCUACCCACUGCCCUCCUGUAUCUCCACCACUCCUGUCCUCCCACUUCUCAUCAGCCUCCAGCCCUCUGUCCCUAGCAUCUUCUCUGUGGUGUCAGCAUGAGCGCCAGGUUGGCACAGUGAGAAAAACACUGAAGCGGAAAUUAGGAGACUUGUUCCAGCACCUUUGCUAAGUGGGUGAUGACCUUGGGUUAAUUGCCUGACCUCUUUCUGUGCUUCAGUUUCUCACAAUUAAAGUGGAUAAGAUUUUUCUCCUUUUCCUCUCUUCCAUCCACCCUCCUACUAAUAGUUUUUCCCCGUCUGUCAUUCCACUUGCACAUUUUCUUAUCUUCUAUAUUUUAAUUCCUCUACCCUUCUAAGUUUUCCAACUUUUUUCCUCUUCCUUGUCUUUUUCUGUUGUUGCUCUUUAAUCUCCCUUUCUUGUCCUCGCCUGCUUGUCUCCCCUUACCUCUCUUUUCUCCUUUAUUUCCCCACUGGCAGCACCCCCGUAUAGAUUUUUAUUUCUGCCGUCUAAUGUCAGGGAUCCAGAACUGCUGCAGACCAUGAAGGAAGAGAUUUAAAUUUUUAAACAUUGUGUAAGACUUUGACCAAAAAAAAUCACUUCUCUUUUGAAAGCAGGAAUUUGUGACCAUGGUGGAGAUUGCGUUAGAUUGCAAGGUCCUUGCGAGUUCUUCAGUAUACUUCAGGCUCAUGUUAGUACCUCGUUUGUUAGACAGCAAGCGCUGAAACAUUGAAUGCAAGAUAAUUUUUCCCACUUCUGAUUUUGGUGAAAUCUGUUUUUAAUUCUGACGUUUCACAUUUUUAUUACACGGGCCUUGGUGGCAUAACUACUGUUAAACAUUACCAAACCUCCCUUACUCUGUCAAACAUUUGGAAAUUUUGUCUUUUUAUGAUAUUUAGAGGUAGAGAAAAAAGUUUAAUGAUGUGAAGAUCAUUAAAUACAUGAGAAUCAGCUAGUACGUUGCUGACGUAUUGACGAAAUACUUUUAUGAAAAAUUCUGGUGUCUUCACUUCUUCGCCAAGUAGAAGACAGACUGGCUGACUGUCCUUUUUUCUCCCUUGCUGUCAGUAUUGUCUUUAGGGCCAUAGAGCAGUGCUGCCCACAUACGUAAUUUUACAUUUUCUAGUAGGCAUAUUAAAAAGGUAAAAAGAAACAGGCUAAAUUAAUUUUAAUAAUGUAUGUUAUUUAAUUUAGUACAUCUAAAAUAUUUCUACAUGUAAUCUAUGUAAAAAUAACAUUCUUUUUUCACUCUGCAUCUUUGAGUUCAAAAUUAGCGCAUUUCAGUUUGUACUAGCCACAUUCAAAUACCCUGCUCCACGUGGCUGAUGGCUGUUUGCAUUGAACAGCAGUCUUAGCUCCUGGCUUGGGUAAAAUAGUAUAUUUUACUCAAAAUCUUUUGUAUUUUGUCCAUCGUGUGUUAAGUAUUCUAGGUUUUUGAAAAAGAAAUCCAUUGAAAUUAUUUGUUGACUUACUGAGGGCUGGCAAGGAAAUACCAAGAAUGUUUGAAUUUUGUAGGGUUGUAUUGUCAUUCUCUUGACGUCAGAUAAAUUUUGUUCAUUGUUUGCAAUGCUGGACUGGACAGGACAUCUCCCAUCCAGAAUUGUGAAAAUAUAUUGGGUCAUGGUGAUAUGACAAAGUAAAAAUUUUAAUGAUGGAACUGGCUCUAUAAAGCAUAUGUAACCUGGCUGACUUUGGGAGCUUGUUCAUUGCUGCUCUCGAAAUACAUGUAAAUUAUUUCCCUUAUGUGAUCAAUUUAUAUAUGAUUACUUUCCCAUCAGUAUAGGUGUUUUUAUUUCUGAAAAGUAAGAUGCGGUUGGUGUAGAGAAUCAUUAACCCAAUCCCUGCCCCAAGUGAGGGACUCUCCAGUGGCUGUCAUGUGAUUGGGAGGACUCGGGACCUAUCAGUGCACACACGCGGUGAGCUGGCCCGGUGCCCGCUUAUCUCCUUCCGAGGGAAGGGGUUGAGGCGCUCUGAGCAAAUCUUAUUGGUAAAGUGGUGUAUGUAUUGCUGUUUUAAGAGCCAUUUCCUUUCAGUUUUAACCAUAUCACUGUGUCUGCAGAGAGUUUGCACCAGUUUGUCAGCAGAGCAGCUUUCAGCUCUGAUGGUUUACAAGUGUGUCUUCAUCUCCGGAGAAAGGCGUGCUUGAGAGGCUGAUUCAGUUUUAAGAUGUUUUACUUUGAAGAUGAUAGUGCAGAUGAGGAGGAGGAGGAGGUUCAUGAAGGCUCUUUAAGUACAACUCAAGGUGUUUAUCAUGGAAAGGCCCCUUCUGGUAUCCUGUCUCAAACCAUGAAUUAUGUGGGACAGCUGGCUGGGCAGGUGAUUGUCACUGUGAAGGAACUCUACAAGGGCAUCAACCAGGCCACCCUGUCCGGCUGCAUCGAUGUUAUCGUGGUCCGGCAGCAGGACGGCACCUAUCAGUGCUCACCUUUCCAUGUCCGGUUUGGGAAGCUGGGAGUCCUGCGAUCCAAAGAGAAAGUGAUUGAUAUAGAAAUCAAUGGCGAUGCAGUGGAUCUUCACAUGAAAUUAGGUGACAAUGGAGAAGCUUUCUUUGUGGAGGAGACUGAAGAAGAAUAUGAAAAGCUUCCUGCUUACCUUGCCACCUCACCAAUUCCUACUGAAGAUCAAUUCUUUAAAGAUACUGACCCCCUUUUGAUGAAAUCAGGUGGAAAUGAAAGAUUACCUCAGAGUUCAGACAUCUCACACAUCUUGGAAACAGAGACAAUUUUCACUCCGGGUUCAUUGAAAAAGAAAAAACGUAGGAGAAAGAAAUGCAAGCAAGACAGUAAGAAGGAAGAUCAAGCUGCUUCUCCUGCUGCGGAAGACACAUUUGCUGUGGAUAGAAGUUCAGAUGAUGAGAAGGGAGCCCAGUCAGCCAGAGGAUCUUCAAAUGCUUCCUUGAAGGAAGAAGAAUAUAAGGAGCCUUUGAUCUUCCAUUCUGGGGAUCACUACCCCUUAUCUGAUGGAGAUUGGUCUCCUUUGGACAACACCUAUUCCCAGGCGAUGUGUCCUAAGAGUGAUUCGGAGCUGGAGGUGAAGCCUGUCGAGAGCCUGCUCAGAUCUGAGUCUCACAUGGAGUGGACAUGGGGCGGGUUCCCAGAGUCCACCAAGGUCAGCAAACGAGAGAGAUCUGACCAUCAUCCUAGUACAGCUACAAUUACACCAUCAGAAAAUACCCAUUUUCGGGUAAUUCCCAGCGAGGACACUCUUGUGAGUGAAGUUGAGAAGGACGCUUCCAUGGAAGACACAGUCUGUACCAUAGUGAAACCCAGGCCCAGAGCUCUGUGCAAGCAGAUGAGCGAUACAACAUCCACUGCGGAACUUCUUGAACCUCCUCCUGGGACUACUCAGAUUUCAUCUAUGUUAGAUGCAGACCACCUUCCUAACCCAUCACUAGUGGAGGCUUCCUCAGAAUUAAAACCAGCAGCUAAAGUAGACUCACCAUCGAAGAAGAAAGGUGUCCACAAGAGAAGCCAGCACCAGGGACCUGAUGAUAUUUACCUAGAUGACUUAAAGGCUUUGGAACCUGAAGUUGCUGCCCUCUAUUUCCCUAAAAGUGAAUUGGACCCCGGCUGCCGGCAGUGGCCUGAGUCGGACACGCUCUCUGGUUCCCAAUCCCCGCAGUCUGUGGGAAGUGCGGCCGCAGACAGCGGCACUGAAUGCCUCUCUGAUUCUGCCAUGGACUUGCCUGAUGUCACCCUCUCACUUUGCGGGGGCCUCAGUGAGAAUGGAGAAAUUUCUAAAGAAAAAUUCAUGGAGCAUAUCAUUACUUAUCACGAAUUUGCAGAAAACCCUGGACUUAUAGACAAUCCUAAUCUUGUAAUACGGAUAUAUAACCGUUACUAUAACUGGGCUUUGGCUGCUCCCAUGAUCCUUAGCUUGCAAGUAUUCCAGAAGAGUCUGCCUAAGGCAACAGUCGAGUCCUGGGUCAAAGAUAAGAUGCCAAAGAAAUCUGGUCGGUGGUGGUUUUGGCGUAAGAGAGAAAGCAUGAUCAAACAGCUGCCGGAGGCCAAGGAGGGAAAGUCUGCGGUGCAGCAGACCAGCGACCUGCCUUCGAGCACUGAGGAGCAAGCGGGGGCCAGGCUGUCUGAGGAUGACUCAUCGAGUGACGAGGCGUCCCAAGAGCUUGAAGAAUCCAUCAAAGUGGACCCUGUUCCUGGGGAGCACCUGAUCCACGGCAACACCACCUCAUACAAGAAGUCCCUCAGACUCUCCUCAGAGCAGAUCGCAAAACUGAAGCUCCAAGAUGGGCCAAAUGAUGUUGUAUUUAGUAUCACAACCCAAUAUCAAGGCACCUGCCGCUGUGCAGGGACCAUUUACCUGUGGAACUGGAAUGACAAGGUCAUCAUUUCUGAUAUCGACGGGACAAUAACCAAGUCUGAUGCUUUGGGACAGAUUCUCCCACAACUGGGUAAAGACUGGACUCACCAGGGAAUAGCAAAGCUCUACCAUUCCAUCAAUGAGAAUGGCUACAAGUUUCUGUACUGUUCAGCCCGCGCCAUCGGCAUGGCUGACAUGACCCGUGGCUACCUCCACUGGGUCAAUGACAAGGGCACAAUCUUGCCUCGGGGCCCUCUGAUGCUGUCACCCAGCAGCUUAUUCUCUGCCUUCCACAGGGAAGUGAUAGAAAAGAAACCAGAGAAGUUCAAAAUUGAAUGUCUAAAUGAUAUCAAGAAUUUGUUUGCCCCAUCUAAGCAGCCCUUCUAUGCUGCCUUUGGAAACCGCCCAAACGAUGUCUACGCCUACAUGCAAGUUGGAGUCCCAGACUGUAGAAUAUUCACCGUGAACCCGAAGGGGGAGUUAAUACAGGAAAGGACCAAAGGAAACAAGUCAUCGUACCACAGGCUGAGUGAACUCGUGGACCAUGUGUUUCCACUUCUCAAUAAAGAACAGAACUCUGCCUUUCCCUGCCCGGAGUUUAGCUCCUUCUGCUACUGGCGAGACCCCAUCCCCAAUGUGAGCCUGGACGACCUGGCCUGAGGAGAACCCCUCCCAGGGGUGGGGGCCCCAGUCACUCAGCCUCACAGGAAGGGAAGUGACUGGCUUCUGCUGGACAGAGGACAUUGGGCUGCCUUGGAGCCAUAGUGCUGGACCAGACCCGCGUUCCAGCUGGACAUAAGCUUUCCCGAGCAGGGGCCAGGAGUACUCCUGGAGCUGGCCUGCGUCUCUCUUCACUUCCCCACGUGGCUCCUCAGGCUCAGCGGUCCUAGAGCUCAGGGUCCCGGUGGUGGGGGGUGGGUAGGGCAUGAGGGGCUCUGAGCUGAAGGUGGAGCCUGUGCUGCUGUAUGUGUGUCCGUCCUCACACGUGCUUUGUGUUGAAUUGGGUGCUGGUGCACCUUUAAUUAUACAAUUUGAAAGGAAGAAAACCAUAGGUAAAAAAGAAUGGACUAAAACGUCACACAGAGUAAAGUGAUCCAGUUCCCACUGGGCAGCUGAGAUUCAGUUUCUCUCUAUAACCUAGGUCCACUGAACUGCCACAGGUCCAGUUAGGAUGUUGCUUCAAACUGGCCGUGCACGUUUCUUCUCUGGACUCCUCCUCUCCUGCUCCUGAACCGGGCAGCUGCUUCAGGGUGCCAGGGGAGCAGCCACAGGUCAGGCCCCAGAGCCACGGCAGCAGCCCUGGCGGGGCCCACUGUCUACAAAGCCCUACAAACACGGUUUCUAACACUGAGCAUUACGGGUUUCUCAUCUGUGAUGACUCAACCAUGGGAGGCCUUUAAGUUAUUUCUGAGACCUAUCCAGAAGAAACAGGUCUUGCAGGUAUAUAUUUGAUGAUUACAAUAAAAAUCUUAUUAGUGGAAAUUGAGUUUAAAAAAAAAAAAAAACAUCUGUUUCCAGGGAGGCCUCGGAAUGCAGAUGUACCAUUGUGCUCUGUCCUGGGAAGACUCUUCUCUAUCACUGGGCCUGUUGCCCGUCAGAGGUGGGCUUUUGGGUGUCUUCAGGGGUUCUAAAAUUCUGCACUUUAGGUUUGUCAGGGAAGCACAGUGAAGCUGCAUGAGGCCACAGCCGGCAGUUGGCUUUUGGCACUUGGAAUCACAGCCGUGGAUAAAGCCCGGGAAGCCAUCUAAGAGAGGGCUUCUGGAGCUGGCCACCACCCCUCACAUCUCUGAGCCCCUGUUGUGACGGCUUCCAUCAGCAGGGGACGCUUGUACCCUGUGAGAUCUUGUGGUCACAUGGGGGAGCCUAUUUUCCCUUAAAAAAAUGAGAGCAGCUCAGCUUCCCAACCUGGCUGUAAGGAGGUCAUGUCAGAUGCCUGGACAGACAGCCCAGGGGCAUGUCCUGUAAGCCCCUCCAGAGGUUGUGAUUAGCCAGUCAUUUCCAGGAGCCUAGAGAGAUCAGGGUGGUGUUGACAGUCACCUCAGUAUUCAAGUCCAGAGAGCUGUUUGAGAGGCAGCCUCCAGGGGACCAAAGAUAGCCACGGCCACAGUCCCGAGGACAGCAGAGAGAGCUGCAGAGACAGGUGAGCGGCUCGCAGGCUCUGCUUCUCCUGUGAUUGUAUUGUGGGCUCUUCUCAUUUUAGCUCACCUCACCCAAAAUAACACUGAUCCAGGGACGGAGACAGUGACAUUCCAGAGUGGAGAGUUGGUUCCCUGACUGACUUUAGCUGUUUCUUCUUAGUGCUGUUGGAUGCAGAGACAGUGUUGAGAUCCUUUGAAUACAGUUUUCAGUGGCAAAACGUGAAGGCAUAUGUUCCCAGAGAAGCAAUGACAUGUGCUUUCUGCAGUCCAGAUCUUCUCACCUUGAACAUUUCAGAAGGACUAAUUGUUUAAAGAGUUUGAUUGACAUAUUUAUGUACAGUAGGCUAGGGGAACUAGGUUAUGUUUAUGCGAAGUUCUACCAAGUAGUGAAUUAAACCCUAGAAGAGCAGAUACCAGUUGCUUUCUCACUGUAACCCAGGUCCACAGACCUGCCACAGGUCUGGUUAGUGAUGCUGGUUAAACCGCCACUGAACGCCAUCAGUGUGCCCUCUGAGCAGACUGGGGUAGAGGGAGAACGUGAGCGCUGUGCGCCUAGCCUGAGCUUAAUAGGGUUCCUUUGCAUAUGUGCGGUACAAAAAUCAUAGUAUACACCUUUAGUCCUUUGUAGGUUGUCCUCUAAAGAGUUUUUAACUAGGUUAUGUCUUUGUUUUUUGUGUCAAGCUCUUCUCUUUGGACACCCAGGCAUGCCUUAGAGGAUCCAGCUAGGAAGCCAGGUCUCCAGCCCUAAGCUGAGGGGGCUUGGUCCAUUUGUCUCAGUGUCCAUAAGCAGUAGGCUUUGUCGCUUUGUCGCUGUAGGUUGAUCCAGUGGGUAUAUAUGCUAAUUAAUGUGGGUCUUUUUCCUUAUUUAAAGGAGUCCCUCUUACUGAAAGUAUAUGAUUUACUAUUACGAUGGUGUUAUGAAAGUAUUAAGUUUGUGCUAAAAACCCACUGCCAUUUGGUACAAAUGACAUUUGUUCUUUCUGUGAAAGAGAGAUGCCCUUGAGUGUGUUAGUACACAAGCCCUUAGGAUGGUGAGCUCAUGACUCAUCGCCCUAGUGUUGUUGGCGGUGAUGGGAGAAUCACAGGAGCCUGCAGGGCAGAUGGGCUCUUCUCCGUCAUUCUGUCAGUUGCUCCAUUGUUUAAAUGGUUCCUCUUUCCGAUCCAGUCUAACUUUAGUAUUAGCGUUAAUGUCAGCGUGUUCAAGCUUGUACUUCUGUGAAGUGUAGACUUCAGCAUCCUGGUCAGGCCUUAGAGAGUACACGUGUGGACCUGGAGCAUGCAGACUACCCCGUGCUUGAGUACUGUGUUGGCCACGUGUAAGAACAUCUGCAUCAUUUUCAACUGGAAAAAGAAAAACUUACUAGCAUGAUGUCCUAACGUGAAGGCUGCUGAAAGUGAAAGGUGUGCAGAGCUCUUCGUUUGGGCCGCUCUUCACUGUGGCAGAGCACUGAGGAGCACCAGCUCCCUGGUGACUGGAGGCACUUCUGUCCGUGCGUCCUGCCGAUGGGCCUGCACAAUGGGCCUGCAUGUAGUCCUUCUGCACUUCGUUAUGGCAGGUGUAGCCAAGGCCUUCACUGACAGCAAGUGAGCACUUUCUCUUUUUGAAAGUUGAGAAGAACAGACUCGCCCAGGCAAUUUUAUCGGCUUUUCAGGUAUCACAUUUACUCUGGGAAGCCUGGGUUUUCCUUAUUUUAGAGCAUGCUGGGCUUGAUUAAGAUGGUUAAAAAUUGAUUUUUUGUUUAAAGUAAGUGCUCUUUCCAGGUGAAACUUUUUUUUUUUUUUGGCUUUGUUUUGAAGGUAAGCAAGGGAGGGGAAACUUUGCUCUUUCUGUUUGACAAGUUCAGUUUAUGAUGAACUGUUUUUUUAGACAGCAGUGCCACUAGUAAAAUUUUGUCAGAAAUUAAUUGUAAACAUCAGUACAGUACUCUUAGUUAUGGUAAAGACAAUUGUCUUGAGAUAAAUGGAUCGUAUUUUGGUGCAAAAUUUGAUGUUCAAAAUAAAAUGUUAAAACAAUAAACAAA